AUGGGCUCCUCUCCAUUCACCAUGAGGUCGAUCCUCGCACUCUUCCUUCUCGUGGUACAGCUCGCGUCUGCCCUCAAAUUCGAUCUCCCCGCCACCUCGGGCAAGAACGAGCGAUGCGUUCGCAACAUUGUGUCGAAGGACCAGCUAGUCGUGGUCACAGCCAUUGUGAGCGGCCAGAAGGGCGAUGGUCAGAGAGUUAACAUGCACAUCAAGGAUGCUAUGGGCAAUGACCAUGGUCGUCCGAAGGAUAUUGUGGGAGAAGUGCGCCAGGCGUUUACUUCAACCGCUGACACCGCGUUCGACGUGUGUCUUGAGAACCAGCUUGACAGCCGCAACGCUGUCGCAAACCCCUCCCGUGAAAUUGAACUCGAUGUCGAAAUCGGUGCCGACGCCCGCGACUGGUCUUCCAUCCAAGCACAGGAGAAGCUCAAGCCCGUUGAGACCGAUCUCCGCCGCAUCGAGGAGAUGGUUGCUGACAUCGUCACGGAGAUGGAGUACCUGCGCGCACGUGAGCAGCGCCUGCGCGAUACCAACGAAAGCACCAAUGAGCGAGUGAAGUGGUUCGCGUUCGGCACGAUGGGCAUGCUCGCCGGCCUGGGGGCGUGGCAGGUUGUGUACCUGCGGGCCUACUUCCGUUCCAAGCAUCUCAUUUAG